AUGAGCACGGAGGCUGCGACGACGACAGAGGUAGUGGCACGCGAAUGCGAGUACCGCGUGGAAGUGCCGCCGCAGACGGAAGUAGGCAUCAAGCUGAAGAGUGGAUCAGCCGAGCUCUUCGGCGUCGAGUUGGCCAUCGAUCGUGAAUACGUGUUUCGCGACCGCAAGCUGGCCAUCUUUACGUGGUAUGGCUGCACGCUAGAGGUGCGCGGUGCCCUGGAGGAGGCUUAUACGUCAGAGGAGACGCCUAUGGACAGUUAUCUAAACAUUCACGCCCAGCUUCAGCGCCGUCGCGAACUGGCCAAGGCUAAGCAUGCCGCAGGCCCGCGUGUGCUUGUUUGUGGACCCGUGGAUAGCGGCAAAUCGACGCUCACGCAAAUUCUCGUCAACUACGCGCUGCGUCUAGGCGAGAAGCCCACACUUGUGGAACUAGAUGUGGGUCAAGGCUGUCUUAGCGUCCCAGGAACGAUCUCUGCCUCGCCGCUUGACAUGAACUCGCUCAGUAUUGAGGAGGACUUCAUCCUGACUAACCCGCUGGCCUAUUUCUAUGGCCACGCUGCGUCCUCCGAGAACGUCGAGCUCUUUCGUUAUCAGCAGCAGGUACUAUCCAAGGCGGUAAAGCGUCGACUAGCUAAUGAUGAAGAAGUGAACGCGUCCGGAUGCGUCAUCAACACGUGCGGCUGGGUGGACGGCACAGGCUUCGACAUGCUGGUGCACGCCAUCAAGGAUUUUGACGUGGACUUGGUGCUGGUCAUUGGCCAGGAUAGACUCUACAGUCGUCUACAGAGUGCGCUGACGGGUGCGAAUGCGAAUGGAGCGGACAGGUCAAUUGUCAAGCUGUCGCGGUCGGGCGGAGUGGUCCCGCUGAACAGCAAAAUGCGCUCAGCGGCGCGUAUCAGCAGCAUUCGCGAGUACUUUUACGGCGCCCACGCGCUGACUGUAGCCAUCCCCACGCUGUCGCCCUGUAUCAAUGAGCUCUCGUUCGACGAUGUGUCAUUCUUUGCGAUUAAAGAUAUGAAAGUGUCCGACGUGAUGCUUCCGUACCCGUGGAGAAAACCGCUGAACUUGGACACUCAUUGGCGGCUGUUGCACAUCCACGACACGGCCAAGAGUCCUCCUCGUCGUCAACAGAUCUCUCGUGGCUUCUCGGUGCCUCUGCAGCGGGCUUCGUGUUCAUGUAAGUGUGUCUGA